GGGCAUACCAAAGGCUUCCACGUGAGCUCCUCUCAUCUCAAGGAAACUGAACGUUGUUUCCAACGAACAAAGAGAGAGCUUCGCAGGCCCAUCUUCUUCUUCUAAUUCUUAAAGAAUAUUCAGAAUCAGAUUGUCUCAAGGGGUUUUUUUAAGAGGUUUGGUUUAAAUAAAUUUGUCUGGCGAAAAUAGCUGAAGAGGAGAUUUAUUAGUUCUACCAUCCUCUUCUUGGCUGAAGGGAAAACAGAGGAUUGGGAGAUGUCUUUCGAGCUUGGAAAUAAGAGGAAGAAGUCUUUAUUCCCGAGAAUCUGUGGAAUGAAAGAAAAGAAAGAAACUAAGGAAAAUGAAACCGUGACGUCUUACUCUGUUGAAGUCAGUGAGAUCCCCGAUUUCUCAGAGACGUCUCCUACCCUUAGGAAAAGCUUUUCAGAAGCAGAUUCAACUUCACGAAUAGAGAACUUGUGUUUCGAUGAUUUUUCUUCCUCAAUAACCAAGAACUUGGAUUCACAAGCAUUCAGAAUAUUCGCUGCUACAUGGAAUGUCGGUGGAAAUCCCCCUCGCUUUGGAUUAAAUCUCAAUGAUUUUCUCCCAGUUGAUGACCAAUCAGAUAUUUAUGUUUUAGGUUUUCAGGAAAUAGUCCCUCUGAAUGCUGGAAAUGUGCUUGUACUAGAAGAUAACCAGCCAGCAGCAAAAUGGCUUGCUCUGAUCAGCCAAGCCUUGAAUGGGUCACCAGUUGCUCGCACUAUUAGCUGCCCAAACACGCCACUUCAAAACCCUAACGCCUCAUCGCCGUUCUCAAAACCUUACUUGUUAUCUAAAGAUCCAAGUCCUUCUAAUAGCAUAUUGUUCUUUCAUAAGCCAUCAUUAAAAUCAGUCAGCAAAUCAUUCAAAACUGAUCAAGGAAGACAACUUAAGGUCUGCAACUGCCCUUCAGAGGUCACGAAGAAAUACUACAGAUACUCCUGCUUCAGAUGCCCGCAACCCUAUAUUGAUGAUGAUUCAUCGGAGGAAGAUGAAGAAUCAAAUAGCUUCAUGGUGGAAAAUAUAACGGCAGAAACUUCAACAGAUCAGAUGAAGUAUAGUCUUGUGGCCUGCAAGCAAAUGGUGGGGAUUUUUGUUACUGUUUGGGUGAGGAGAGAAAUUGUAAGACACAUUGGCCAUUUACGGAUUUCAUGCAUUGGACGUGGGGUUUUGGGCUACCUUGGUAAUAAGGGAUGUAUAUCUGUGAGCAUGUCUUUGCAUCAAACCAGCUUUUGCUUCGUGUGUAGUCACCUAGCUUCAGGAGAGAAAGAAGGCGACGAGCUAAGGAGAAAUGCUGAUGUUAUAGAGAUACUUAAAAAUACACAGUUCCCAAAGAUUUGCAAGACACCUUGGCGAAGAAACCCUGAGAAGAUCCUUGACCAUGACCGGAUAAUAUGGUUGGGAGAUCUGAACUACCGAAUUUCUUUAAGUUACUCUGAGACAAGGAACUUACUCGAGGACAACAAUUGGGAUGCCCUUUUCGAGAAGGAUCAGCUUAAGAUUGAACGAGACUCUGGUCGAGUUUUCAGAGGAUGGCGUGAAGGGAAAAUUUAUUUUGCUCCAACGUACAAGUACUCAAACAAUUCAGAUGCUUAUGCUGGAGAGACUGCAACAUGUAAAAAGAAAAGAAGAACUCCAGCAUGGUGUGAUCGCAUACUCUGGCAUGGUGAUGGAAUCACGCAACUAUCAUACUAUCGAGGUGAAUCAAGAUUUUCUGAUCACAGGCCAGUCUGUGCAGUUUUCUUGGUGGAGGUUGGGGUGCUCGACGAAAGGUUCAAAAAAGGCGCAUUAACCCCUAAUAUGAAGGUAGGAGCUGAAGAGCUUUUGCCAAGAAGCACCAGUUGCAGUUCCUAGAUGAAGAAAAAGAAGAUGAUAUUUUGCUGCAUUUCCGUCCCAAGCAUUGUACUAACAUUUUGUCGAGGUGCAUAGUAGCAUGUGGAGGACUAAACCUGAAAAUCUAACAAUUACUAAAAUUGGAGUUAAGUGGUGUCUUUUUCCUUUUUUUUUAUUUACUUUUU